AUGUUCCAUGGACAGGUGAUGAGCCUAUCCAAUCAACAGUUGUGCGUAUGAUUGAGGAUAAAUAUCCUCCUUUAAAAGUUAAACGAAAUUCGGUUAAAGAGUUUAUUGAUGCUCGAAUUAAUAAGAAAGUAUCAUCAUUUUCUGAUUUUAAUAACUAUGAUAAUAAUGAAAAUGAUUCUUCUGCUGUCAUUACAGCUAUUACUACCACCAAAAUUACUUCAACACCAUCAAAAGUGACAUUACUGAAAAAGACACCAUUAACCCCAGAACAGAAGAAAAUAAAGCAACGAGAAGCAAAACAAUCAAGAAUAGUUAAUGCUAGAGAAGCAGCAACAGAAUAUUCAAUCUCUAAAAAAUAUCCGACUGAUGAUGAUUUUGAUAUUGAUGAUACAGAUGACGAUACCGAGGAUGAUACGGAGGGCAAAAACAAGACACUGAAAAAAGUGA